UAACAGAGGACGAAGACCUGCAGGAUUUCUGCUCGGUUCAGAUCUCAUCUCAGAUCAGUUCAUCCGCGCAGUUUGUGUUUAAUAAAACAGUUUACAAAUGGCUGCACAUAAAAUAGUGCUGAUCCGACACGGGGAGAGCUGCUGGAACCAGGAGAAUCGCUUCUGUGGUUGGUUUGAUGCUGACCUUAGUGAGACUGGCGUUCAGGAGGCUAAACGAGGCGGACAGGCGUUAAAAGAUGCUGGCUUUGAGUUUGACAUUUGCUACACUUCUGUAUUGAAAAGGGCCAUCCGUACCUUGUGGAUGGUUUUGGAUGGCAUUGACCAGAUGUGGCUUCCAGUGCACAGGACAUGGCGCCUGAAUGAGCGCCAUUAUGGUGGUCUGACCGGCUUAAAUAAAGCUGAAACGGCUGCCAAGCACGGGGAGGCCCAGGUCAAAAUAUGGAGACGCUCCUAUGACAUUCCACCUCCUUCCAUGGAUGCAGACCAUGACUUUUAUAGUGUUAUUAGCCAGGACCGCCGUUAUGCUGACCUGUCUGAGGAUCAGCUCCCUUCUUGUGAGAGCCUAAAAGACACUAUUGCCCGUGCACUCCCAUUCUGGAAUGAAGAGAUUGUCCCUCAAAUCAAACAAGGAAAGAGGGUGCUGAUUGCUGCCCAUGGAAACAGCCUGAGGGGUAUCGUCAAGCACCUGGAAGGUAUGUCAGAGGAAGCCAUAAUGGAGCUGAACCUCCCUACUGGUAUUCCUAUACUGUACGAGCUGGACGAAAACUUGAAGCCCAUCAAGCCCAUGCAGUUCCUGGGAGAUGAAGAGACUGUGCGCAAGGCCAUGGAGGCUGUGGCAGCACAGGGCAAGGCCAAGAAAUAAAGGGGUUUAUUAGUACUGAAUAGUUCUAAUGAGUAAACAUUUAAUUUUUAUUGUAUAUUAAUAUUGUCACACAGGUAAAGAAUUCCAUGUAUUCCGCAAACAAUUCAUUGGUUUAUUUAUUGACCAAAUAACAUUGGGAUCAAUUAAUGUUAUAACUUGUGAUGGAUAACAAAGAUGUUUAGGCUGUAAAAAAAAAAGAUGUAAUAUAUAGUACAAGCAGUAUGUACAUUUAAAGAACAGGAUCUGGCAUAUAACAGGGUUUGGGCUUAGUUUAAAAGAUGUUACAUUAGAACAGCUUCUGUGUGUGUAUGUAAACAGUUCAUGUUGUCAAGAUCAAAUUGCAUCAUAUUGUUGUAUGGUUAACAAAGGUAAUGCAAUCCUAGAUUAAAAUGUGAACAUGUGAGCCCAAUAAAAGUGCAAUAUCUGGAAAUGUAAAACUGUCUCUGACUACAGUGGAAGGACAAUUAAAUUAUGUUUGCAAAUAAAAUACAAGAUGCAGGAA